UUCCUGGUUUCAGUGUUCGUGUGUGUGGUGCGCGUGCGCAGAUCGCGUUGUGGCGUCAUAAUUUCUACUCGCCAGACAAGUCAGAACACAUUGAGCGGCUGCUCGGAUACACAGCUAUCAACAAGGACUGAAACUUGAGAAAAACGGUCGCCAGUCCGAGUCUAGAUGAUGUCCAGUUAACACUUCAAGAUAUCCGACUCAUAAAAGAAGACUGGAAGCGAUGGGCAAUGUUCUGACUUUAUAGGUUACUCACGAGGUAGCCUAUACUGUCGAAGUACCUGCUGGAAAUAACACUAGGGACCAGCUGUGGACUAUACAACAAGAACAAGCAACAUCUUUGUUCACCAUGAACGCCGAUAAACUUACAGAAGCCGCUGCUAAGGGAAACACUGAAAGAGUACAAUUUUUACUAGAAAAUGGUAUCGCUCCGAAUGCUGUCAACUGUUUUGGCAGGACAGCUAUCCAGGUAAUGAUGAUGGGAAAUACAAGAAUAGCUCAGCUUUUGCUGUUGUAUGGUGCAAAUCCGAACAUUAGUGACUCCAGCACCGGCCUGACGCCAGUGCACGACGCAGCCAGAGAGGGGUUUCUAGACACUGUCAAGAUGCUGGUUCAAAAUUAUGCAAAUACCAAUGUGCGGGAUGGAAGGGACCUACUUCCCAUUGACCUGGCCAGAGAAAAUGGACACAAGGACGUAAUUGCGUACCUAGAAUCUAAUAACGUCUAGACUUCAUUUGAUUUUUUUAGUGAUAAUAAUAACAAUAGCGUAUUCAUUGUGGUAUGUGCUUGCACUAUGUACAAUAAUCUUAAAUAACAGAUAAUAUAUGAAAUGAUGUGAAUUAAAAAGAAACCCUCGUUA